UACAAUGUAACGGGCAGACUGGAGCCGCACAGAGGGCAGGGCUUAACCAUUAACUAACAUUAACCAUUAAAUCAGCUGUGCAGAGCCGGUACCGCACAUAAGGCGUGCGUACCGUCUUCCACGCCUCACAAGCCUGAGCGCGUUAACAAGAGGUGGAGGAUAAAUUCAGCCGGGCACACGGAGUCCCGGUACUCAUACAGAUCAUCACUCCGGUCUGUCCGCCCCUCACACCGAGGACCGCUGGCACUCAGAGGGGGGGGGGACACAAUUUUUCACGAGUUUAACACUCGUGGUUACAGUGGCAGUGACAUGGGCUCCAGCCCGGCGAUGGAACAGAGAGCCCUCUGCCCUCGUUUAAAUGAGCAGCAGAACAGAAUAGCAGGGCUCGUCUAUUCAGCCCUGACCAGGGGAGCACUAAUUUACGCCUUUGCCAUGUUGGGUUCGGGUGGUGUUGGUCCUGACUACUAAGCAGAGGAUUGUUUGAGCCGGGAAAGUCCGUGCGGAUGUCGCAACUUGCAGUCAGAGGAAAGCUGCUUCAAGUCAGCAGCAGCAACACUGGAAGGUGACGGUCCACUCUGGUUGGAGAGAUACUUUUUCACAGUUGGUAAUUCAAUCCUCAUACUGAGACCUUUAAAUAUCACAUUUGAAAACUGUCCAGCGGCCACGUGUUGUAAGGUGAGACGUUUGGAGCCCUGUGCAGCGACCAGUCUCACAUGGACAGCAGACUGACAGCAUGACCGGUGCCACUGCAGGUCUCUGAUUUACAUAUUUGUCCAGCUUGUACUGAACUGCAAAGGACUUUUUGCAGCUGACUGCAGGGGAUUUCUGUGGUGAGUCCCCUCCCUGUUGUUUUCUAUCCUUUUCUGUGUUGAACCAGUAUGCCUUCUGUUUUUUGCCGGCCUAACCUGAGCACCUUGCAGUGAAUGGAGAACAUACUGGUUCUGCUCCCGAAGCACCGACAGGAACACAGGCUUUGCAGACGCACGGCUGCAUGUGCCUCGCUGCAGGUUUUUUCUGGCAGAGUGUUUUUCUCCCAGUCUUUAUGACCGACCUCCACACCUUGUCGGCCUCUUUAAUGGGAUAAAUCAGUUGGACUGAUCAGGUUCAAAACCAGAUCCGGUGGUCAAUUCUGACUUUCCCACAAAACCGUUAGGCUGAGGCACGCUGACCUUUUCUUAUCAAGCCCACUGUCUUCAAAGGCUUCCGCAUGGUACUUUGGUCGAAAGAACAAGAAAAGCUCCCCGACAUCGACAUGUCCUCUGGGGCCAUUGAGAUGAAGAAGGAGGGAGGCCCCCUCACUUCGGCCUUCCUCAACUCCAACUCCACCGUCCACCCGGUGAUCCUGACCAAGGGCCCUGAAGAAGUGAGCCCGGUGACCGGAGAUGAGUUUGAGCUCACCGAGGUCACAUCUUUCCCCGAGCGAGUGAAUGAGACUGGGGAGAACGACGAGAGGUCGGAGAUUGUGGUGGCCAUGGACUGUCGGGCCAAUGCCAAAGGUCAGCGAGAGGAGGAUGCUCUCCUGGAGAAUGCAAGCCAGAGCAACGAGAGUGAUGACACCAGCACCGAUCAGAGCCCCGAACCAACAGCACCCCUCAAGGAGACCUCCUUUUCCAUCGGACUGCAGGUGGUCUUCCCCUUCUUGCUGGCCGGGUUCGGGACGGUGGCAGCAGGGAUGGUGCUAGACAUCGUCCAGCACUGGACGGUGUUCACCGAUGUGUCUGAGGUGUUCAUCCUAGUUCCUGCACUGCUGGGGCUUAAAGGCAACUUGGAGAUGACGCUGGCCUCCAGACUUUCUACAGCGGCUAAUAUUGGGCACAUGGACACAGCCAAGGACAUGUGGAAGAUGAUCAUGGGGAACUUGGCCCUCAUCCAGGUCCAAGCCACAGUGGUGGGGUUCCUGGCCUCCAUAGCUGCUGUGAUCUUUGGCUGGAUCCCAGAGGGACACUUCAGGCUGGGCCAUGCAGUGCUGUUGUGUGCAUCUAGUGUGGCCACCGCCUUCAUCGCUUCUCUGCUGCUAGGUAUCAUCAUGAUCGGCGUGAUUGUUGCAUCCAGAAAAGUCGGCAUCAACCCUGACAAUGUGGCCACGCCCAUAGCUGCUAGCCUAGGAGAUCUGAUCACCCUGUCCCUGCUGGCAGGCAUCUCAACAGGACUCUACAAAGAGCUAGAGUACAAUGAUUAUGCCAACCCUCUAGUGUGUGCAGUAUUUGUGGCGAUGUGCCCACUAUGGGUGCUGAUAGCCAGGAAGAUCCCAUCCACCAGAGAGGUCCUUUACUCCGGCUGGGAGCCAGUCAUCAUCGCCAUGGCCAUCAGCAGUGUCGGUGGUCUGAUCCUCGACAAAACUGUCACCAACCCAAACUUUGCUGGCAUGGCUGUCUUCACUCCAGUCAUCAACGGUGUGGGAGGUAAUCUGGUAGCAGUUCAGGCAAGUCGAAUCUCCACCUAUCUACACAUGAACGGUAUACCCAUGGGGGAUCCCAACCCAGCCCCCAGGAAGUGUCCCACACCCUGCACCUCCUUCUUUGGUUCCACUGUGAACUCCCGUUCAGCCCGUGUACUUUUCCUCCUGGUUGCCCCAGGGCACCUCGUCUUCCUCUACACCAUCAACUCCCUGAGGGGGGGGCACACCACCCUCACACCCAUCUUCAUUACCUUCUACCUGUUUGCUGCACUACUCCAGGUCAUGAUCCUCCUCUACCUGGCAGACUGGAUGGUCCACUGGAUGUGGGGUCGGGGCAUGGACCCUGACAACUUUUCCAUCCCGUACCUGACCGCGCUGGGUGACCUGCUGGGGACUGGCUUUCUAGCCCUGUGCUUCCACUUGCGCUGGUUCAUCGGAGACAGAGACACUAACGUGGGCAACUGAAUGCAUGCACAGAUACACGCGCUCACACACACACAUAAAAACAACUUAAAUCCUUACUGUAUCCUUGCACGCUCGAGCAGUGACGAACAUCACUCGCAUUGAACACUGAAACUGGACAUCUACAACGAAAGGGCUAAACUCCUGUCAGGCUCUGACUGACGGUGCACGUAGUGCACGUAGCAUUUCAUCUUCAGGAUAUCAGGACACUGUUGCUCAGCAGCAGCCCAGAAAUCCACCUUAGAGAAAAUGGAAUGUCUUCACGUCAACCACGCAACAAAACCCCACCCGUGAUGGACUCAUUACUCCACCGUUAUUUUACUUAAUAAAUAAGUCCUGCCACUUUUGUUAUCAUACCAUUGACAAUGAUUGUUAUUGUUCAAAAAGAUGCAUUUGAUAGCUGAUAUAUGAAUGGAUAUUUGUUCUAUGUGCACGGCCAGUCCUCAUUAUUUUCAAUGGGAACAUUCGCCGUCUUGUUUUUAAAAACCUUGACAGAAAAAGACAGCAAAAAGAAAAAACAUCCAAACAAGCCUAGAAUGCAUAAUCACCAAGUGCUACUUCACGUAUAUAGAAUGAUAAUUAUAUGAGAUCUAAUGGAAAAUCUGAUUUACUAGAACCUAUAGGACUGUCCUCGUGAUAGUAGGGAACUGUUUUAGGGGGUUUCACUAUAGGAGACUAGACCACCAACUAGCUAAAUCCCUUUUUAACAUUGUUUCCAUGGGUGGAUGGCUUCAUUUGAGUCAGGGUGUGAAAAUGAAGAUGUUAGGCUUUGUUUUCCGUAGCUGUUCACACCCAUUUCUGGCAUUUCAAAUAAGGACUACCAGAACUGAGGGAAGUCCAGCACUUCAGACAGUCACUAUAACAAUGGACUCGUCUCUUGGUUUUAACAUGAUGAGUUGGAAAUCACAUAAUUAGUUUAUUUAGCCGUGUUGUCCUCACAGGUUACACUGCUUCCAUUGUUGGCCAACUGUGCUCAUAAAACAUCCUUAUUCACAGAAAAAACAAGCAAAUACACUUUAGAAAAAAGAAAUAUGUGUGUCAUGGCUGUGUGACUGUCAGUCAGGAGUGUAUCAAAACUCAACUCCCUCUGAGCUGGAGCUCCACUUGUGGUGCCAAGAAGUCAGCAAAGGUCGAACUGUACCCUGAGUGGUUCCAGGUGAGAACAGCACCAGUGCCCCUGUAUGUAAGCAUCUGCCAACUUUCUACUGAACAAACAAAACGUUUGUUGCUGUGUUUCCCAAGCCAGGUUUUCAGUAAGUGACAAGAGGCUCAACACGCUGUAGUGCACUGGAACAAGCCUGCAGAGUUGGGACAGAGUCUGAAAGUGUGUUAAGUUGUCUUAGCCAGGCCGCCAGGUUAUGCUUUCUCGUAUUCAGUCUGGCACCAGAUGAAAGGUAAUGAUGGCAGAUCUUUUGUGUGGAUAUUUGGCCGUACUAAAUGUUUGGUUCCCACAGAGCAAUUAGGCCACGUUAGAGUAGUGAAUUAAGGGACAGCUCAAGGAACUGCGUCAGGUCAUAGGAGGAUAUGGGGAAGAAUUUUAGUCAAUUCAGAUUCAUGCAAAUGUCAACAUAAUUUUCCAAAUUCUUCGUAAUUCUAAAUUCUUCUGCCGGAAAACCCAGUGAGACUAGCACAAUGAAGUCCCACAUGUAGCAGUUAAAUCUCCUGCAGAAUUGCAAUAAUCAGGUGCAGCAAAUUUUAGUUCUAACCCUUGACCCAGAUAGAGUCAUAGCUCACUAACCAGCAAUAAGCCCUCUGCUACUAUAAAUUGCUGAAUAAAAAUGUGGUUUGGAGAUUUCUGUAGUAUAGAAUAGUAACAGUAGAACUGGUUUUGUGCACGGAUACGGCCAUUGUGGAGUUUCCUUUGCUCCUUGUUCUUGGGCAAAUUUCAACAGGAGAUCCGGUUUUGUCCUUCCAUUGAAAUACAUGCUAAGUUAGGUUAAUACCCCCCGAGAAAAAAUGAGUAAUUCAAGACAAAAAAAGAGUUUAACACUACAAUAAGUUAAUUAAUUAACUUAUUGUCAUGAUGCUAACAGUUCACUAAGCUAUCUAAGCUGUCAGUUAGCAAUUGUUAGCUUAGUUUAAAAGAAAGAAAAUUCAGAUUCUUUCAGACUCUCAAAAGCUUCCUAUGACAGUAAUAAGUGACAGGAAAUGAUGGAAAGAGACUGUGGGAUGACAUGUGAGGUCAUAAGGCUGCAUGUAUGUACACUAACCUUAACCCCAUCUCUGAGAACUUUUACCCCUUCCAAGAACCUGUUUACUUACUGUCGGAAGUUAUGUUUAUUACUCAGUGCAAGGCACGGUAUAUAGGACAGAAUCACAAAGCAGAUAGCUGUUUUAUGAAACUAAAUAUAGCUUGUAGCUUUCCUACAAAUAUAGGAUUUGGGUGUAAAAUCACAUUGCCGAUAGGAAACUGCUUUUUAACAAAUCCCAGAAGGUUGAUUCUGUUGAUCUGGACGUAGCGUUUUCAGAUCAACGGUGACUUCUUCAGCCUCAGCUGACUGCAGGUUUCUCCAGCCUUGUAAACAGUAUAUUUGCACUGACUAACUCCUUUGUAACAUAGUAGCUCUGUUUCUUUUGAUUUGACUGCAUUGGUUUGCAAGAUGCCAAACACUUCCACCUUUUUUUUCUCGAGUACAGACUAAUGUUGCCAUUCUACUGCUUGGUGUGAUUGAGCAUUGAGGCAGAAUUCAUUAUUAGUUGUUACUUUUCCCCAGUUAUGCCAAAGUGUGUAUUUUCCCUUUUGUUUUUGAAAUGAUGUCUGAUAAUAAGGGAGGAAAGUGUUUCAUAGGAGUAACUGAAUACUAUUUAACCAAAUAUUAAUCGUCAUUGACAUAAUGAGAUAACUGUAGCGUGUGCCCCACAUCCACACAACUGAUCUGCCAUCAGCUAACUCUGUAUUCAAGGGCUCGCAGGUGAGGAGGAGAAUGAAACGGGAAGUGGUGAGCCAUGUUGACAGACUGUAUCGAGUGCCGAUGUCAGUCCAGGAGAAACCUGCAUGUGAUGCUUGACUUAACUGUUUCCAAAGGGGGCCAGCAGAAUGCAUGUGCAGGGAACAUGGUGUGAAUGUGCAAAACUUGAUUAUUUUAUCUGUUUAAAAUCUUUGAUCUCAUGAUGUUUUUUAAAGUGUCAAUUAUGUUAAAAUUGUGAUUUUUUUUCUUCUUUGUUUUCCUUUAAUUCUUUGCCUCCUUUCUUCUUAACGCUUCACGAUUAUUGUUUUUUGUCAUGAAUUUGAUCAAACAACCACUGUAAACACUGUCUCCAGGCUGGUCAAAUGCAACGUUGUACUGUAAUUUGCAAAACCGCCUCCAGAGGGCACUGCAGGGAUUCUCCUAACUGUACAUCUCCUGUGUGUGUCCUCUGGAUUCACAUCCACAGCUGGAGUGACGUCAUUGGUUUUGUCUGCUUUUCUACAGUGUUUAACUUGUAAGAGUUGCACCCCUCCACUCUCAGUCUGUACCCUCCACUCUCUUACUGACCAGGUGCCAGCAUUCUGCCUCGACGUCAAUGGAAAGUUGUGAAUACUUCAAAAAUGGGGCAUGUAAUGCUUUAUUUAUUUUUAGAAGCACACAAAGCAAAUUGUACAUACUAUAUUUAUUCUAUAUAUAAGGUUGUUUAUUUUUAAUUUUGGCUCAGUAUCAUGGUCACCAUGUCUUCGUUCUAUUCUUUGCUGAAGGCCAGUAGAGCUUUUUUGCACUCUCUGCGAUAGAAUUGCAGUGAGGCUAAUGACUAGCACAGUGCCUAAUACCUGUCCUUACACACCGCACACACACGCUCGCGCGCCCUAUCUCGCACAGGGAAAGCAUACUUAUGAGACAUAGAAUGGCCUUAACCUAUCAGAGCCAAGCUCUAUUCAGAAUAACUAAUCAGGAACUAGGUUCGCCACAGAGUAGUGUCUGUUUAUUUAGCUCUGAUUUAAAAAAACAAAAACAAAAAAACAACUGUACAAUAUGUUGAUUAUGUGUAAUGUAAUAAUGAUUUUAUAUGACGCUGCAGUGGAGAUCGGUUCUUGUUCAGUUCGGAAGCUGGUAGACCCCCCAGCAAGUUGCUUUACACGGCAUCUGGGAAGUCUGGGAUUAGAAAUAAAGAGUCCAACACACCGGCAACACCUAAAGAAAACACAGAGUUCUCUGGUUCUUUUUCUUCUUAUGAAUCCAGAUGUAUCCUUCCCUCUAUCUUACAUAUCCAGCCUUUAAAAGCCCCCACCCACCUGCUGCCUUGUUAACCUCAGUGCUUCGAAUCGUUGAACCCCUGAACUCACAGGGAACCACGCUGACCCCCAGACUGCCAUCACUGACUUUAAAUAUCAGCUUUUGACUCUUAAUGUCAAAAUUAUUUUAAACACAUGUACAGUCUUACUGAGUCUGAGGUCUUUGUGUUCUCUGUGUGUUCCUUUUGUAAAAGCCUCCCUCUAUGAGGCAGGAGGAAGGCUUUCUUCCUGCAGGACUUUGUAAAUUGCUGGAAAUAAAUAAACUAUAUUAUUUCAUACCA